UUGAAAGAGAGGUUCCAUUCGUUUACAUGCAGGGGGCGGGGUUUAUGAGCUGAACUUCUCAGGACUCGGUUUUAUGCCCCGGCACACAAGUCUGAUUUUUGGCGCUUGGAACUCCUUAACCCGAGAGCUAUUUGGAAAGAGAGAAGGUUUAACAUCAAAGUCUGUCCGUAAUGCCAGAUCUUCUCCUCCUUCAGUGAAGAUCCUCCCACAACUAUCAAACCUUCAGGGAAGCUCCUCCCACAACUAUCACACAUUCAGUGAAGAUCCUCCCACAACAAUCACACCAUCAGUGAAGCUCCUCCCACUGCAGUUCAUCAAUAUAUGCUGAAAUAUUCCCUUGAGUCUACAAGUGACAACGAGCAUCAAAGCAUCAGGAAGAAGUGAAAUCUGCAGAGACAGAGUUUAUUGAAGAUCAGAGAGAACAUGAGAGAUCCAGAACCCUGCAGAAUGAAACACACUGAAGAACAAACAGAGUUGAUUGAAGAAAAUGAGGAGAAUGAAGAGGAGCAGAAGCAACAUGUCAAAACUGGAGAAAACUCUUUGAGUUGCCCUCCAACCAAACAGAAAGAUUUAAAGAAGAGAAGAGACGAGAAAUCUUUCACCUGCACUCAGUGUGGAAAGAGUUUGAUAAACAAACAGAGUCUUGAGAUUCACAUGAGGAUCCACACUGGAGAGAAACCAUACAGAUGUGAUCGUUGUGAGAAGAGUUUUACAGCAUCAUCAAACCUUAAGAGACACAUGAACAUCCACACUGGAGAGAAACUUUAUGAAUGUGAUCAAUGUGGAAAAACAUUUUUGACGGCUACAAACCUGAACAGUCACCUGAAAGUUCAUUCAAAGGAGAAACCACAUUCAUGUUCAUGUGGAAAGAGGUUUUCACUUUUGCAAAAUUUAAAAGUUCAUCAGAAGAUACACACUGGUGUGAGAGAAUAUAUGUGCUUUGAGUGUGAGAAGACUUUUAUUAGAGCUGAAAGUUUGAAACAGCACCAGUGGAUCCACACUGGAGAGAAACCUUACAAGUGUUCACACUGUGACAUGAGAUUCAGUCGGUUAGGAUCCCUGAAAACACAUGAGAGGAUCCACACUGGAGAGAAACCUUACAAGUGUUCACACUGUGACAAGAGAUUCAGUCGGUUAGGAUAUCUGGAAACACAUGAGAGGAUCCACACUGGAGAGAAACCUUACAAGUGUUCACACUGUGACAAGAGAUUCAGUCAGGUAGCAACUCUGAAAACACAUGAGAGGAUCCACACUGGAGAGAAACCGUAUCACUGCACUGUAUGUGGGAAGAGUUUCCGUUAUUCAUCUUCUCUACUUAAGCAUAACAAAGAACAUUCACAGUCAGUAGUAGGGGAUACACAGACUAAUCGACUACUCGACAUCAAUGUUCUGCCAUGACGCUUUAAGCUUGAUGUUGAUUAGUCGCUGGUCCUAUAGAUGGCACAACAGGAUGCUUGAAAUUGAACGGGAGAAUGCACAUUUUAAACAGCUUAUUGUACAGGUAAAUUAAUCACUGUUCUAAUCUAAUGCGCUGCUGCACUGUAACACACACACACACACAUAGACUACAGACAGUAGCUCGUACAUCACGCAUGCACAGAAUCAUUCAGUGAGGAAAUGUACUGUCAUCUCUGUUCUGUUGUUUCUCAAUAAAAUAGCUUAGAAACUGAAAA